UUGCCAUAUAGUUUCACUUUUCAGCUACUCAUUCAGUCUGCGUUUAUUGAAGACUGGCCUCGUUUCGCUCAUCGCGGAGUCCUGUUGGACACUUCUCGACACUUUUUGCCGGUUUCGGUCAUCAAAACCAAUCUGGAGCUGAUGGCGCAAAACAAGUUCAACGUUUUCCACUGGCAUAUCGUCGAUGAUCAAUCGUUUCCGUACCGCAGUGAGUUGUUUCCGAACCUUGCUGACAAGGGUGCCUUCUCGCGACGACACGUGUAUAGCUUGGAUGAAAUCAGAGCAUUGGUUGAAUUUGCUGCCGUCCGCGGCAUCCGAGUUUUGCCCGAGUUCGACACCCCAGGACAUACCCUAUCAUGGGGAAACGCCGUGGCUGGCCUGCUCACUGAAUGUUUUGACUCUUCCUCAAAGCCGAUCGGCACUUUCGGUCCUAUCGACCCAACCAAUCCGGUUAAUUAUGACUUCCUGCUGGCACUCGUAUCCGAAAUCCGAAGCGUAUUUCCUGAAGAGUUUUUUCAUCUUGGCGGCGACGAAGUUUCAUUCGACUGCUGGCGAAGUAAUCCAUCAGUGAUCGAGUUCAUGAAGCAAGUCGGCUACGGCACGGAUUACUCAAGACUGCAGAAUUACUAUUUCCAGAGACUUCUUGAUGUUAUCAAAGCUGCCGGACUGUACGACAACUUUUUAGUUUGGCAGGAAGUUUUCGACAACAACAACACGCUCUCUAGUGACAUAUUCGUGCAUGUGUGGAAAGGCUACUCCAACUUGGAAUGGGGUCGAACGUUGCAGUCUGUCACUGCAAAGGGUCUUCCGGCAAUACUUUCCAGUUGCUGGUAUUUGAAUUAUAUCAGAUACGGAGUCGAUUGGCAAGCGUUUUACGACUGCGACCCUCACAGCUUCAAAGGUACUGAUGAACAGAAAAAGCUAGUGUUAGGUGGAGAAGCAUGUAUGUGGGGCGAAUACGUGGAUAAAACCAAUGUUAUUCCUCUUUUGUGGCCUCGAGCUAGUGCUGUUGCCGAAAGGCUGUGGAGCAGUGCCGACGUCCGUGAUACUACGCUGGCCGCAAGCAGACUAGAUGAACAUCGUUGCCGCAUGCUUAGGUAAAU